AUGAAGAAAACCGUGGUUCCGUACCCUGGCCUCGGCUGCGCCGGCCACCUGAUGCCGAUGAUCGUGCUGGCCAAGGUCUUCGUCCAGCACGGCGUCGCCGUGACCGUGGCGCUCGUGAAGCCGCCCCCCGACCUCGGGGCCGUCGAAUUCCCCGCCGUGGUCGCCCGCGCCGCGGCCUCCAACCCGUCCAUCUCCUUCCACGUCCUACCGGCGUCGUCGUCGCUGCCCGCGACCUCUGGUUCUGGCUCGGAUUCCAGCUCUAGCUCCGACGAUGCUCCAACGAGGAAGCACUACGUCCUCGAGAUGGUGUACUGCCUGAAGGCCAUGAACGCUCCGCUCCGUGACUUCCUCCGGUCGCUGCCCGCCGUCGACGCGCUCGUCAUCGACAUGUUCUGCCCCGAUGCCCUCGACGUUGCGGCCGACCUCAGGCUGCCCGUCUACUACACCUACGCCUCGUGCGCUGGUGACCUCGCCGCCUUCCUCAGCCUCGCCUUCAACCAAGACAUCAGUGCAGCUUCCUUGACCGCUGGCGGCGACACCACCCUUUCCUUGCCGGGCGCUCCUCCAUUCAAGGCGUCGGAUCUGCCGAGAGUAGUUCUCGACGACCCGGAAGCAGCCAAUGCCAUCCUCGAGCGGAUGCCGGCGUCCGACGGGAUCCUCCUCAACACCUUCGUGGAGCUGGAAACGCGGGCGGUGCGUGCUCUGAGGGAGGGGCUGUGCGUGCCUGGCCGUGCCACGCCACCGGUCUACUGCAUCGGCGCACUGGUCUCCGGCGGCGGCGGGGAAAAGGACCACGAGUGCCUCCGCUGGCUGGACUCGCAGCCCGACCGCAGUGUCGUGUUCCUCUGCUUCGGGAGCCAGGGCACGUUCUCCGAGAGGCUGCUGAAGGAGAUCGCCGUCGGCCUGGAGAGGUCAGAGCAGAGGUUUCUCUGGGUGGUGCACGCCCCGGGCAGAGUCGACGACGAAAAGCUGGGCCUCGGCGACAGACGCGACACGCUGCCAGAGCCAGACCUCAGCGUGCUCCUUCCAGACGGGUUCUUGGAGCGGACCAAGGGCAGAGGCCUCGUGGUCAAGUGCUGGGAGACGCAGGUGGACGUGCUGCGCCACAGGGCGGCCGGCGCUUUCGUGACGCGCUGCGGAUGGAACUCGACGCUGGAGGGCAUCGUGGCGGGGCUGCCGCUCCUGUGCUGGCCCAUGUACGCGGAGCAGAAGAUGAACACGAUGUUCAUCGUGCAGGAGAUGAAGCUCGGGGUGGAGAUGCGGGGAUAUGACGACGGCGAGGUGGGUGAUUGA